AUUAAAGAUCAUGUACCUGCCCUUCCCUCUCUGACUCCCGCAUUCCUGUCGCAUGAUUUAGGAAUUGCGUCGCGUAUGUGAUUCUUCAGUCAAGCCGGCGACCUUUGAUAUUUUACCUGGGACGGAUAACUCUUCACCUCAGUAUACUUAACCAACCCUCCGCCGCUCGCCACCCGUCUUUGGUUUAGUUUGGGGAUCUUUUGGUACAACGACGACUAAAUAGAGCUAGGUCAAAGCUCUUCCCCCCCGCCAUCCGCUAUCCGCAUCCCGCUGUACUUGUGCCUGUGCCUGUGCCUGUGCCCGUGCCGUUGACGAAUACGGUAUUUAACUUUCUUGAAGGACAAGGGACAAUACAUAAAAAAUAAAAAUAAAAAUUACAAAACUAGCUCGAGUAUCAUUUCUUCGUCAUACUGAGACGAAAGAGAUCCGAUGCGGCAGACAAACACCACAGUUGUUGAAACGGAGACACAACUCCCUCUGGGAUGGCGUGAGAGGUUGAGUCCGUCUAAACUCAGCUCGAUACCAGGACGUUACAAUCUUCCUCGAAUGUUUAGAAAGUCCGGCCACUCGACAAAACAGAUGCGCGAACCUGUGCCGACAAAGAGUAUUUCUGCUCUCAAAACAUCUUUCAAGAUCACAGACACCUUCGAGGUAUUGAGGACGAGGAGAUGGAGUGUAUUCGAUGUGCAGUAUGCUGUGGUGACAGCGCUAUGCAUCUUCUCAAUAUGGAUUGUUGAGCCUUCAGCACCGAUAAUCAAGACCGCCGCCGGACUUGGAUACCUUUUACUUCUUUUAAUGCCCGCCACAAAUCAAUUCUUUCUACCGUCUUGGCCGAUAUGGACUUACCUCCUAUUCUUCUUCUCUAGCCGAUUCAUCCCCUACGAUAUUCGCCCAGACAUCUUCGUCAAGGUUUUGCCAGCCUUGGAAGAUAUCCUGUACGGAACCAACUUCUCCAACUUUUUCUCAAAGUGGACUCACCCUGUCCUGGACGUUAUCGCUUGGUUCCCAUAUGGUAUCGGUCAUUUCGGUCUUCCCGCUGUUUGCUCGGCGAUCAUGUUUAUCUUCGCGGCCCCUGGGACGGUGCCAAUGUUUGCGAAGAGCUUCGGUUGGAUGAGCACGCUAGGCGUAGCGAUACAGCUAUUCUUCCCCUGCACGCCGCCAUGGUACGAAAGGCUACACGGCUUGGAGCCCGCAAAAUAUGGGAUGCAGGGUUCCCCCGCCGGCCUAGCGCGGAUCGACGCCCUAUUCGGAGUCGACAUGUACACCACCAGUUUCACCACUGCCCCAGUCCCCUUUGGCGCUUUCCCGAGUCUUCACGCCGCCGACGCCAUUCUCGAGGCUUUAUUCAUUAGCCAUUGCUUCCCGAAAUUGAAGGGUCUCUGCUUAUUUUACGUCUGCUGGAUCUGCUGGGCUACGAUGUAUCUCAAUCACCAUUACGCCGUCGAUUUACUUGGAGGUGGUAUUAUCGCUUACUCGAUUUUCGCUACUGUACGCAAAUUUUGGUUACCCCGGCCGCAGUCCGGUAAGAAGUACCGAUGGGAAUACGAAUAUGUGGAGGUUGGUGAGAAUAAUAAGAAUAAGGCGUUGGACGAGGAACUUGGAUACGCAUCCGUUGGCGCGGGUAAGCGGAGCGCUGAUUUUGGCGACGAGUUUACCGUGCUGGAUAGUUUCAUGCACUCCGGAUCGUCAAGCGGCAGUUCAAGCCCGACGUCUACCGUCCGCAGCGAUAGGAGUAAUAGGCGGACGGAUUGAGGGCACGAUUUGGAUGGGGAUGAGGAUGAGGAUACUUAAUUGCAUAGACGAGACGAGAUGCCUCGGAUAUUAUGAUACCACGAUACACUACUAAUAGUUAUUAGAAAUAAAUAACAAAUAAUAAUGAUACCAGAUCAGUUCCUGGAUACAAACAAG